AUGUUGUCUUUUAAAGCUUCAGAGCAAAACUCUGAGGCAAAUUCAAUUUCUGAUAAAUCUGACCCUAAUAAAAGUCUGCUACCGGCACAUUCCGCUAAAAAACGUGUCUCUGAAGAUGCCAUUGAAGUUGUACACUACGUUGAAGAAUCUGGUACUUGUCGAGAAAGUGAUUACUUAGAUACCGAUGAAGAAGGGCACCAAAUUAAGUAUAGGACAUGCUCUUGGCAGCAUACUACCGGUCUCCUCCUUUCUGAGUAUAUAGUUUUGGCAAUUAUGUCUUUUCCAUGGUCUUUCUCCGUAUUAGGCUUAAUUCCAGGUCUCAUUUUGACAGUUUUUGUUGCAUGUACGGUUUUAUACACCGGUAUUAUCAUUUUGGAUUAUUGUGAAAGGUUUCCGCAUUUGAAAAAUGUUUGUGAUAUUGGGCAGCAUCUAUUUUGGGGAAGUAAAGUAGCUUGGUAUGCCACCGCUGUUUGCUUUAUAGCAAAUAACACUCUUAUUCAGGGCUUACAUGUUUUGGUCGGUGCGAAGUAUCUUAAUACAAUUACUAACCAUUCAAUUUGCUCUGUGGGUUUCACUGCAAUUGUCGCUGUUAUUUCUUUCGUUUUUUCAAUUCCAAGAACAUUCUCCUCUUUGUCAAAGGUGGGGUACUUCUCUGCAAUAACUAUGUUCAUUUCGGUCAUAUUGGCUAUAGUAUUUGCUGGCAUUCAAGACCACCCAGCGAAGUAUGAUGGAACACCAGUCAAAUAUCACCUUUUCGCACAAAAGGGGACGACAUAUGUCGAUGCAAUGGGAGCAUGCUUAAACAUAGUGUACACGUUUGUGGGUCAGAUAACAUAUCCGCAGUUCAUUGCAGAAAUGAAACGGCCAAAAGAAUUCAAAAAAGUUUUGUGGAUUGUAACAAUUUGUGAACUUAUCAUAUUCUCUUUAGCGGGUGCGUUAAUAUAUGUUUAUGUCGGUAAUGAAUAUAUGACAGCACCAGCAUAUGGAUCCUUGAAAAGGACAUUCAAAAUUAUUUCUUUCACAUUUGCUGUACCGACGAUUAUUUUUGUGGGAUCAUUAUAUGCAAAUGUAUCAUCCAGAUUUGUUUUUUUUAACAUAUUUGAAAACUCCACGCAUUUAUAUUCCCAUACUAAGGUUGGAUGGUUAACGUGGAUAGGUUUACUAUCAUUGACAUGGGUAGGUGCGUUUUUGAUCGCCGAACUAAUUCCAUUUUUUUCCGAUUUACUAUCACUAAUGUCCUCAUUAUUUGAUUGCUGGUUUGGUUUUGUGUUCUGGGGGGUUGCCUACUAUAGAAUCAAGCAAAACAAGUACAAAACAAAGUUCCCUUAUCCUUUGUUGACAAAAAGCGAAAAGAUACAUUAUUUCAUUUCAAUAUUUCUCAUUGUAAUCGGUAUUUACAUAUUAGGACCGGGCCUAUAUGCUACAAUUCAAAGUAUUAUUAACAAUUUCAAAUCCGGUGCAUACGGAUCCGUAUUUGAUUGUGCUUCCAACGGUAUUUAA